AUGGCUGAAGUCCCAGAAGAUUAUGAUUCUGACCCAGAUGAAAAUGAGAAGCUGGAGCCUAACACAACUGAUUCUCUUAGGUCUCAAGAAUUGCGUAAUGCUAAAUCAGACACCGUGGCAGAGGUAACCCCUGAGCAGCAACCAAAGAUUAACCAAGAGCCAGAGGAACUAAAGGCUAAGGAAGAUGUCUUUGAAGAGGGGAAGCCAGGGAGUGCAGAAAACAUACUGCUAGAGCCAGCCAGGACGCCCAAAGGAAUUCCCAGGGAGACCCACAAGAACCUACCCAGUCAAGCUGAAGCAGAGAUAACGCACGCGUUGACGUUAGAGACAUCUGCCGCAGCAGGGGGAGAGGAUUUGGAGGUUACGGGGGAUGAAAAACAUGAGCCAGACCUACAACUACCAGACAUUUCAGUAGAUGUUCUUACAGAAACACCUCCAGACACAAACACACAGCUAUCAACAGAAAGCAAGGCUCCAGAGGCAACGCGAAUUAAGACAAUAACAGAGCUACCAGAAAAGAAGGUUCCAGAGCAGGAGGGAGAUACAGAAACCGGUCCAGAGCAAAACACACCAGAUUUUCUAAGUGGCAAGCCACAAAAAUCGGUUGAAGAGGAAAAUCCAGCCCCAUCAAACAUGACCGAGUUAGAAAUUACAGAGAAGACACAAGGAGAGUCAACCAAAGAGCCAUCUAAGGUGACUAAGCCAGAGUUUCCAGGCCAGAUGCUAAGAAAAUCUACUGAGGAAGCAGCUACUAAGCCUCCAGAAGGGGUUCGAGUAAAGCCCACUGAGCAACCUCAGCAGGCUAUGCCAGAAUCCCCAGACAAGAAACCAAGACAGCCGAUUGAAAAGAAAGUUCCAGCGCCACUGGAAGAACUCAAACUGGAGCUUUCUGAGGAAGAAUCAAGAAAACAAACGGAAAAAGCAAGUCUAGAGCUAUCAGAAAAGGUGUCAAAGGAAACACAAAAAAGCUCUGUUAAGGAAAAGAUCCCAGAGAAACUGGGAGAGGCUUCUCUGGGACUACAAAAAGAGAUAAAACCAGAUGUUCAAGGGAAGACACAAGAAAAACCAGUUGAGGAGAAAGUUCCAGAACCAUCAGAGGACAGGAAACCAACAGGUCAAAAAGAAAAGCCGAGAAAAUCAAGUGAGAAGUCUAAAUCAAAGGGAAUGCUAGUGGAGCCCGGAAAGGAAAAGGGUGCAGUGCUCCAAGGACAGGCUGAAGCAGAAUGGCCUAAGAAGAAACUAAAAAAAUCUAAUGAAGAAACAGGUCAAAUGCCACCACACAUAACCAAACCAGAAGUUCAAGAGAAGUCACAGCCAGACCCAACCUCGGAGCUGGAGCUAUCAGAUGAACCCACACCAAGCGAGACAGCUACAGAACUUCCCAAGGAACACAGGCCAGAACCAAGCAAGUUUAAGUAUCCUGUGGACAAUGAUGAGAUGGUAUUCCCUGGAUACCACAAAAAGAUGCCAGAAAAAGAAACUAGCAAGACUAAAAAUGAGUUUAUGGUAGGGUCUCCCAGAGAAAGUGUUGAGUCGACUGCUACAGAUGAUGAAUCUCAGGAACUCCUCAAAGAGAAUCAAGUCGAUAUCUGUGAAGAAUUUACAAUCUUUCCUAGUUCAGAGUCUGGGAUGGAAUUGAGAGAUUCAGUUAGUGAAAAGAAAGUCGUACUUUUACCCCAGGGGUUGGAGAAGAUGGAGCAUAAAGAAUCCAAGAUCAUCAAAAGUGUUAGACCACGAUUUGAACACCUUCAGUGGAGCCCAGAAAAGGUUGCAGAGUGGAUUGGCGAGCUAGGCUUCCCUCAAUACAAGGAGUGUUUUACUGAAAACUUCAUCAGUGGUCAAAAACUCAUCUAUGUAAACUGCUGCAACCUGCCUCAGAUGGGGAUAACCGAUUUUGAAGACAUGAAGACAAUAUCUCAUCAUACUCGAGAACUUCUAGGAAUUGAAGAACCACUGUUCAACCGCAGCAUCAGCCUUCCCUACAGGGACAAUAUCGGUUUGUUCUUAGAGCAGAAGGGUCACAGUGGAGUCAAGUCUGCCUCCCUGACCUUGUCUGAAUUUGUUAAAGAAGCAGGAUUGGAGGAGUAUGGUCUGGAGAUAGACGCCAUGGGAGUGCAUGAGUCCUCACUGCUAGACGGCAGCCAGGAAGAAAACAAGCCAUUGCUGCAGGACAUCUGCUUCGAGAAAGAGUGA